AGAGAGAGAGAGAGAUAGAUGAGAGAGAAAGAGUUGGGAGGGUUUGCAAGUGAAGACGAGAUCCGUGAGGUGGCCGCUGCAGUGACAGAUCGCUGCUUGUUGACUCGAUCGGGAACUGGCGGAGGUCGAUCUGAUGCCUAGUGUCCUGGUUGGGACCGGAUGACGUCCGCUCCUGCCGCCGCACCUCCUUUCGAGCGCCACCGCGCUGCCUCUUCGAAUACGGUGUUCAAGAGUGGACCGCUGUUCAUAUCAUCUAAAGGAAUUGGUUGGAAAUCAUGGAAAAAACGUUGGUUCAUCCUCACACGCACAUCUUUGGUCUUCUUCAAGAAUGAUCCUAGUGCUCUUCCCCAGCGAGGUGGUGAAGUUAAUCUCACUUUGGGAGGCAUUGACUUAAACAAUUCUGGGAGCGUUGUGGUUAGGGAAGACAAAAGGUUGUUGACUGUUUUAUUUCCUGAUGGACGAGAUGGGCGUGCAUUCACCCUUAAGGCAGAGUCAUCUGAAGAUUUAUAUGAAUGGAAAGCUGCACUGGAGCAGGCAUUGGUACAAGCUCCAAAUGCUGCCCUUGUAAUGGGCCACAAUGGAAUUUUUCGGAAUGACAAUGUAGACACAUUUGAAGGAUCAAUCCAACAAUGGAGGGAUAGGCGCCCCAUCAAGUCAUCUGUUGUUGGUAGACCAAUUUUGCUUGCACUUGAAGAUAUUGAUGGCAGGCCUUCAUUCUUGGAGAAAGCACUCUGCUUUCUGGAGAUGUAUGGUAAGUAA